AUGCGAAAUAGCAAACAUUGGUUUCCUUUAAUCUUCGCAACAUGUUUGGCUGUUGUAAGCGCAAUGCCCUCGUACAUAGCGGUUCCAGCGGAUCAGAUAGCUUUCGUCGACCUCAGUACGUUACGAGCGAGGCGGGUUCCCAGACAGACCCUUGAACCGCCGUUGCCGGAACCAUUGUAUACAGAUAACUACCAGCCAAUACCGCUACAGAAUUACCAGCAAGGAACUGUAGCCCUGGCACCGCCUCCUUUACCAGUGAAGGUACAAGCUCAAGAACAAGCUGCAACCAAUGAUGGAAUAUCUCAGUAUGCUGAAAGGCCACCAGAUUUCGGAGAAUACGUAGAUUUUGGGGCUCAUACUGGGGAUAACGGAGCAUUUGGGUGGUACGCUGACUACCCCAUCAAUAAUCAAGGACAUGGAUUUAGGAAAUAUAUUUCGAGUGAUGAUUUUAUGCUGAAUUACCGCACAUUUGUUUUAGACGGUCUAAUUCCGCUCACUCUAUUUAAGUUCCUAAAAUGUUAUAAGUUGACAAAGUAUACUGUGAUAGCACCAAGGUAG